UUUUGCUGAAGUCCGUGAGAAGACUCCAUUUUUAACAGUUAGUUUUAAAACAGUACUAAGUAUUCAGUUUCAAUAUCAGAACAGUCGGCUACGUUGCAUGUAGUGCGCUGGUGGAUGGCAUUACGUGCAGUAGCCAUAAUUAUUCUGUAGAUUGUGACCACGCUGAUUUCAUCAUCUCAUUAAUCUGCGGAAUGCUUUUUUACGGCGGCGACGAGGACGCCGUUCACGCGUGGAACGCCGUGGAUGUUCUCGUUGACGGCCAGCUGCAGCACGGUCGGGUGAUCAACGUGGCGGAGAAUGGACUGAUCAUCGAUUUCGAAUGCGCCUCGCAACGCGCGCAGUUAAUCGAGUACGGAGUACUACGGACGCGUCUUCCCGUGCAAGAAGAACGCCGAACGCUCCAUGACGAACGUGCAGGUGCUGCUGCGUCGCCAUCCCGACGGCGCGUGGAUUUGGUACCCGGGACGCGUGAUCCCCAUGGAAUCCUUUCUGUACGACUAUGCGGAAUACGUGGAAGUGCGUCUCCCGAAAGGGAAUGUCAAGGAGCUGCUGCCUUUGGCACAGGUGCGUCCACGAUCCGCGGGAAGAUUGUCUAAGCGGGGACCCAUGCAAAGGAGUGAUUUUAUGGUUCGUUCUUGCCGGAUGCCCACUCCUGGCUUGUCGAACCUGCCAGCGCGGGUCCUGAAGAAGUUCAAAGCGGAGCUGAUCCGCGUCGGGAACGCGGCCUUCGUCUCGCUGCUGGGGGACACCCUCACCUAUUUCCAGCUUGCGGAUGCGCAGCUGCUCACGACGGAGCGAUUGGUAGCCAUCUGCAAACUAGCGAGAAAACGCAGCGAUACCCCGCAGUGGUCGCGCCCCUUAACGAUUAGCAGCGUUCCACGAUCCAAUAAAAAGCGCAAGAUAUCCGGCAGCGAGGUAAAGGGAUUCCCGUUACCCGUGGAACUGCUGGUGGAGGUCUUCCAGUCGCUGGACUCCAUCGGCCGCGUCCGUUGUCGUCGCGUCUGCCCACUGUGGAACAGCAUUCUCACCACGGACGCCUACUUCCCCGACGUGCGCGUGUCCGGCAAUUGCGCGGAUGGCGAUUAUCCAGCGAUGCAUUUCUAUGGGCUGGUGGACGGCAGGCUCUGGGUGGUGGACGGCAUGUACUGGGUGGUGGCCUGCCUGUUGAAGUGCCUGAGCAGCCACACCAAGACGCUGACGCUGAGCCGGCUGGAUGUGUACGAGUGCCGCGCUCUGCUCGCCCCCCUCCACCACGUCCGCCCCGGGCGCCGUCUGCCGCUGCUGGUGUUAAACAACUGCCACCUUAGCGGACCCCUCCUGGACUGUCCCCGGGACGUGAUCGCGUCCACGGUGCAACUGGCCGUCGAGUGCGGCUGCGAGCGGAUGCUGUGGCAGAAGUGUCGCCUGUCCGAUGCCAUCCUGACGGUUUUCGUCCCGCGGCACGCCUUUAGCGACCUGUUGUCGGAAGCGCUGUCGGUGCAGCUGUGGGAUCUGUUCGAGAGCCGUCUGGUUCUGGAGAAACCGCUGGAUCGGUCGGCCAUCGCCAAGUGGAUCGCCGACUGUUUACGCUACCCGCUCAACCACUACAUUCCGUCGAUUUUGCAGGGCCUCCGGGAUUAUCAGAGCGCGGAUCCCCGUCCCGCCACGCCCUACCGCGGGCGACUGUGGACGGCGUCCAGCCUAGCCCAACUGGAAGUCGCCCAACUGACCACCCUAACGGCGGCGUUUCUCAAAGAACGCAUGGCAGACUGAUCCCUCUUUUUUCUUGCUGACCUGUACAAGUCUGAUCGUAAUGCAACGGAAUGCUGGCAGAAUUUGCGAGUUUAGUUUCCCGACAUAAAGCACUUAUAGACAAAGCUGUGCUCCAGUAAAUGUCAAGAAAUGUGGAUAGGAAGCGGCUACGUAUUGGAGUGGAUUAGUAAUUUAUCAGCGUGCUGAUGGUGGCUGUUGCGUUUAGGGUGAUUGCCUAGGGUCAGGAGUA